AUGGACGCAUCAAGACCCCUCGUUGUGGACAACGGUACCGGAUUCGUCAAGUGCGGAUGGGCCGGCUCCAACUUCCCUGAACAUGUCUUCCCCUCCGUCAUCGGUCGUCCCAUCCUCCGCGCUGAAGAACGCCUGGGCACAUCUCAGCUCCGCGAUAUUAUGGUCGGAGACGACGCGGCUGAGAACCGGUCGUUCCUCCAGAUGACCCAGCCGAUGGAGCACGGAAUCGUCAAGAAUUGGGAGGACAUGCGGCAUCUGUGGGACUAUACGUUCCAGGAGAAGCUCAAGGUGGACACCCACGGCAUGAAGGUGCUGCUUACGGAGCCACCGAUGAAUCCCAAGGUGAACAGGCAGAAGAUGGCCGAGGUGAUGUUUGAGGAGUAUGGGUUUGGGGGCGUUUACGUUGCUAUCCAGGCGGUAUUGACGCUCUACGCACAGGGUCUGCAAACCGGUGUCGUCGUCGACUCGGGAGACGGUGUCACCCAUAUCGUACCGGUAUACGACGGCUUUGCCCUUCCGCACCUUACUCGCCGUCUAGACGUCGCCGGCCGAGACGUUACCCGAUAUCUCAUCAAGCUGCUCCUCAUGCGCGGAUAUGCGUUCGAGCGGACGGCGGACUUUGAGACGGUCCGAGGGAUCAAGGAGGCGUUGUGCUUUAUGAGUUAUGAUUUGGAGCUGGACAAGAAGCUGAGCGAGGAGACGACUGUGUUGGUAGAGAACUACCAGUUGCCGGAUGGACGAGUCAUCAAGGUCGGCUCGGAGCGGUAUGAGGCCCCAGAAUGCAUGUUCCAGCCCCACCUCGUCGACGUCGAACAACCCGGUGUUGCAGAACUCCUCUUCCAGACUAUCCAAGCAGCAGCCGUCGACACGCGUACCGAACUCUACAAGCACAUUGUCCUUUCCGGCGGUUCUUCUAUGUAUCCCGGUUUCCCAUCCCGGCUGGAGAAAGAGAUGAAGCAGCUGUAUAUGACAAAAGUCCUUGGCGGCGAUGGGUCCAGGCUGAAGAACUUCAAAAUCCGUAUCGAGGACCCUCCCAGACGUAAACACAUGGUGUUCCUCGGUGGAGCGGUAUUGGCGGAUAUCAUGAAGGAUAAGGAGCAGUUCUGGGUUACUAAAGAAGAAUGGGACGAGCAGGGUGUCCGAGCACUGGACAAGCUGGGUCGAGGGGAUUAA